AUGUCUACACUCUUCGGUUCGUCGCCCGCUGCGGCUGCCACCACCAGCACAACCGGAGAUCUGUCCAAGGAUAUUGCUUUGGUGCAACCACCAGAGGACAGCACAUCUCAGCUCGCAUUCUCUCCGCAGGCCGACUUCCUGGCUGUCUCAUCAUGGGACAAAAAAGUGCGGAUAUACCAAGUGAAUGAGCAAGGGCAGAGCGAGGGCAAGGCCGCUAUAGAUUUCGACGCCCCAGUGCUGGGUUGCGCAUGGUCCGAGGAUGGACAAAAAGUCGCAGGCUGCGGUGCCGACAAGACUUUCCGACUCCUUGAUCUGGGAUCAGGCAAUAUGACGCCACAGACUCUAGUCGCGCACGAACAACCCGUUCGAGCGUGUCGCUUCGCCACCAUCAAUAACUCAUCUAUCCUCAUUACCGGCUCGUGGGACCGGACCGUGAAAUAUUGGGACCUGCGUACCCCUAACCCCGUUGCAACAUUACAAUGCCAGGAGCGAGUCUACACCAUGGAUGUGAAGAACAAACUUUUGGUCAUUGGCACUGCCGACCGAUACAUCAAUAUUGUCGACCUCAACUCCCCCGAGAAGUUUUACAAAUCGGUACAGUCCCCGCUGAAAUUCCAGACCAGAGUGGUUAGUUGCUUCACUGAUGCUACUGGCUUCGCGGUGGGCAGCAUCGAGGGCAGAUGUGCAAUUCAAUAUGUGGAAGAAAAAGCUGCCGACAACAACUUCAGCUUCAAAUGUCAUCGUGACACACCGGCCACCACAGGCCCCAAUCGCGACGUCGCCAAUGUCUAUGCUGUCAAUGCUAUUUCAUUCCACCCGAUCCAUGGCACGUUUUCGACAGCCGGCAGUGAUGGGACUUUCCACUUCUGGGAUGGCAACGCAAAGCAUCGACUCAAGGGCUACCCGGCAGUGGGAGCGCCGAUCACGGCAACGGCGUUCAAUAGACAAGGAACAGUGUUUGCAUAUGCCGUGUGCUACGACUGGAGUCAAGGUUACCAAAAGAAUACACCUCAGACACCAAAUAAGAUCAUGUUGCAUGGCGUGCAGCCGGAAGAAGUUAAACCAAGACCAGGAGGAAAGAAGAGAUAG